AUGUUCCAAAAAUUUAAUUACAUCACAUCGUGUAUCAAAUACAUCUGAGCUUUGUUUAAAUUAGUAAUAAGUUCACUCUAAAACAAUGUUGGAGGUUAUAAAUGGAUUUCUCCUAGUAUACUUUGUCGUUUUGACCACGAUCAGUGUAUUAGUACCUCAUUUGGUUAAACCAAUUGCAGCAUGCUUUUCCAGGCCAUCUCUAGAAGAAAGAGCAUCCUUUGCAGAGGUUAAAAGACUGAAAAGUGAACAACAGAGCAUUUCCAUGAAGGAAGAAUUUGCUGCAUACCACAAACUGCAGCGAAAAAUUAAUGAAAUAGAGAACCAACUUAAAGAGAACUCCCAAUCCAGGAUGAGUAAGAGCCUUGCAAUUAAGAGUACUGUACAUGUAGCUCUUCAGGUAGUGGUAGCUUUGAUCAUCGUGAUCUCAGUUAUCUGGUUCAGGCGUGAGCCGAUAGUUGCACUCGAGGGCAAUUUGUUUCCACUGUCCAACAUGCUGAGGUACCCCAGUGAAACUCCCAAUGCCAUCUCUACUCACGUCUGGGUGAUGAUCUCAAAUCUCUCUAUUAGAACAUUAUUGAAACCAAUCAUUUAGUUAAUUUAUGUAAAAUUUUAUAAUGAUUAACAAUUUGAAUUAAAUUUGUCAAUAUAAAGAAAAAA